UGCAUAGAGAUGCAAGCAGCUUGAAAUUUUUAAAAGAAUUUAAAAAAGAAAAGCAUAUUUAUAUUCUAGAAAACAUUCUUUAAUUUUAUUUGACUCCAUCAAAGUACUUGGUUUUAGCAUUCUCCUCUACCAUAUAAAGUCUCAUUUGGCUGUGAAUCCUAUUCAAGCUGCCUUUUCAACCCCGAUAAAUAAAAUCACUUAUCCAUCUAUUUCUUCUAUUCUUCUACGCGCUCCUUCUCUCACUGAAAACGCUUCUACGUUUCUCAUCUAACGUCACUCUUGCUGUUCUUCUUCAAUCUCUCUCUCUUUUUCUUAUUGAAUACAGUUAAUGUCUUCUUUGAUUUCUCUUGUGUUGUUUUGAAAUUCUCAAAGCUCUAAUCCUCCCUCUCUUUCUUUGUACAUAGCAAGGAACAAGAAACAGAACAACCAGCCAUGGCUGCCAACAAGUUUGCAACCAUGCUGCACAGAAAAACCAACAAGAUUACCCUUAUUUUAGUCUAUGCUAUGCUUGAAUGGGUUUUGAUCGUUCUUCUCCUUCUAAAUUCUCUGUUUUCUUAUUUGAUCAUCAAGUUUGCUGACUACUUUGGCCUUAAAAGGCCCUGCCUUUGGUGUUCUAGGCUUGAUCACUACUUUGAGCCUGCAAAGUUUCAGAAUUCUUAUAGAUCUCAUGUGUGUGAAGCUCAUGCCAUGGAAAUUUCCAAACUGGGUUUUUGCUCAAAUCAUCGAAAACUAGCUGAAUCGCAAGAUAUGUGCGAGGAUUGCUCGUCCUCUCCGCAAGCAGAAUUCUCCAAUAAGUUUGCUUUUUUCCCAUGGAUGAAGAAACUAGGAGUCGUUCAAGAUUGUUGUGGCGAUAAGGUGAGUGAAAAUGUUGAAGUGACUUCCAAGUGUGCUUGUUGUGGUGUUUGCUUGGAGAAAAAAUUAUGUUGUCCGGAUAACUAUCUGAUGAAGCCUUCUUGGGGGGAUUCAGAUAAUAUCCAUAAAGGAAAUUAUGUUUUGGAAGCAGAAUCUGAUGAUAUAAUUGAUGAAGAAGAUCAUUAUGAUAGAAAAAGAUCAGGUUUUGUCUGUGAUCGCUGUGGGGAAGAACAGGGGAUUGAUAAAAACAGGGGAGUGGAGGACAGAAACUGUGAGGAGAAAACAGAGGAGAAUCUUUCAUACUUUGUUUCUAGCUUCGAUUGCAAGGAAACGGUUCCUGAUGAAAGUUGUAAAACGGAAAUAUUAAUGGAAAAAGGGCUAGAAUCAGUCGAGAAGGAUGAAUUGAACGUGUCAGUUAAUGAUCCCUCUUGUGAUCAGGCGGUGACGGUUCAAAAAGCUGGUUGCAAAAAAGAUGUUUCCAGUGAAAUUCAACCUCAACAUCUAGAAUUCUACAUUGAUCAAGAUGAUUGCCACUUGAUUCCAAUUGAUUUGAUGGAUUCCAGUCGAAUGGAGAAGCAAAUUUCAAACAGGAAUGAGAAGAGAGAGGAGGAAAAUUGCGGUGAUGAAGAUUUUGUUUUGGAGUUUGAUAAGCAUGUUGGGACACAAUAUGAAUUGGUUGUUGAGGACAGGUUCAAUUUAGAUGAGAAAGUGCCACUGCUUCCCAUCCAAGAGGGUGAGGAGGAAACUAUGAUUGCAGAGCUCGAGUCAAGGGAAUUUGAUGAGAAUGAGAGUUCCUCAGGGGUGCUCGCUGAUUAUGAACUGAAGGAGGACUUGGAAGAGGUCGCCAUUGCUCAACCGACGCAAAACCCUACUAGCAAUGGCGAUGAUGUUAUUCAAGAAGGAUCAGAGAUAACAGGAGAGGAAAUGGAAUCAGAUAAAAAUCAAGUGUCCGAAGAAGUGCUUCAGAUGCAUAGCGAUGAGAUUGAAGCAGAUAUAUCAAUAGGGACAGAGAUUCCUGAUCAUGAACCAAUUGAAGAUUUUCAAAGUCGAGAAGCUCAUCCUUCAUGUCUGUCAGUACCAGAAGAUCUUUCAACCUGCAUUGCCAAUUAUCAUGCCUGUGAUGAUGGUUCUAAGCAAGAUGAAGAAGAUUUAGUAGAAUUUAGGGCCAUAACAGCUGAGACAAGUGAGCCGGUGAUAAAUAAUCAUUUAUCAUUGUGUUCAGAAAGCAAUGAUAUUGAGGAAGAUAAGAUUCCUGAUACACCAACUUCUGUAGAUAGUCUCCAUCAUUUACACAAGAAACUGCUAUUUCUAGAAAAAAGAGAAUCUGGCACAGAAGAGUCUUUGGAUGGAAGUGUCAUUAGUGAUAUUGAAGCAGGUGAUGGAGUUUUGACCGCCGAAAAGUUGAAAUCGGCUUUGAAAGCUGAAAGGAAGGCUUUACGUGCUUUAUAUGCUGAAUUAGAAGAAGAGAGAAGUGCUUCUGCAGUGGCUGCCAACCAGACAAUGGCAAUGAUAAAUAGGCUUCAAGAAGAAAAGGCUGCAAUGCAGAUGGAAGCUUUGCAGUAUCAGAGAAUGAUGGAGGAGCAAUCGGAGUAUGAUCAGGAAGCUUUGCAGCUUUUGAAUGAACUUAUGGUAAAGAGGGAGAAAGAGAGGGCAGGGCUAGAAAAAGAGCUUGAAAUGUGUCAAAAGAAGCUGCAAGAAUAUGAGACAAAAGGGAAAUUAAUGAUGUUGAAAAGAAGGAAAGAAAGUAGCACAAGAAGUGGAACUUCCUCAGCUUCUUGCAGCAAUUCAGAGGAUAGCGAUGGACUAUCUGUUGACUUGAAUCAUGAAAGGAAAGAAGAAAAUGGUUUCUAUAACCAUCAAGAAACUAGUAAUCAGAACACCCCUGUUGAUGCAGUUCUAUACUUGGAGGAGUCAUUGGCUAAUUUUGAGGAGGAGAGGCUAUCUAUUCUUGAUCAACUCAAGGUUUUGGAGGAUAAGCUCUUUACACUUAGUGACGAAGAGGAACAACAUUUUGAAGACGUAAAAGCAAUCGAACAUUUAUACAAAGAGAAUGGAAGUGGCUGCAGUGAGAAUUUGGAUCACAGCAGUGAAACAAAUGGAGUUGCAAAUGGUCAUUACAAGGAAAUGAAUGGAAAUCAUCAUCAAGAAAGAAAAAACUUUGGUGCAAAGGCAAAGAGACUUCUUCCACUUUUUGACGCCAUUGAUGUAGAAACUGAAGAUGGGAUGCAAAAUGGGCAUGCAGAAGGAGUUGAUUCUGUUGCCUUGCUGAAAUCAAUCAACAAGUUUGGAGUUGAAAGCAAGAAGCUUGCAAUUGAGGAGGAAGUAGACCAUGUCUAUGAAAGGCUACAAGCACUGGAGGCAGAUAGAGAGUUUCUCAAGCAUUGCAUCACCUCCUUGAAGAAAGGGGAUAAAGGGAUAGAGCUUCUGCAAGAGAUUUUACAUCAUCUUCGCGAUCUAAGAAGCGUGGAACUCCGCGUAAGGAACAUGGAGGAGGGUGCUCUAUAACGACAUUGUGCUCAGCUAUCUCAAAGAAGAUAAUGGCAGAUUGCAUUAUGGAAGCUGAUAAAAACAGCUGAAAAUUGUAGAUUGGAGAGAACUGACUUUCUUGUUCAAAUGAUACAAGACCAAAUGCAAUGCCACAUUUUUUCAGCAAAAUAUGUCGUAUGGGAAGUUCGUUGAUGGAGGGGGAGGCUUCUGCUAUGGUCUGUUUGGUGGUCAUGGUGGACUGCUAGAUAUGAAAGUCUGCCUAUCUUUCACUUUUGUCUCUUUUAAAUUUUUUGUGGUUUAUAUAUAUAUAUAUAUAUAUAAGUCCAAGUAGCCCAAUUUUUUGGUGGGUUAGUUGAGUAAGCUUGCCAUCAACUUUUUGAGGGAAAGGAAGAUGGUGAGUGUGUGUGUGUGUGUGUGUGUAGGCUAGUGGAAAUGAAGCCAAGCUGUCAUUUGUAUUGUGAGGAAGGGCCUGGCUUGCAAAGCUGGAGAGAGCCAAUGAAGAUUCCAGUGCCAGGUACAUAGCAGCAUUAGUUUAUUUAGACAGUUAGGAGAUUAGGAUACUCUUUUUGUAAUUUUUUUUUUAAAUACACUUAUGAGAAAGAAAAGAAAGGGUAAGUAACCCUUCCUUUUCUUUCUCAUCUUUGCAUCAUUUCAUCAUAUGGGGGUUGUUUAUUAUUUGAGGGGCAAGGCUGUGUUACUUGUAUACUACAUGUAUCCAUUUGUAAAUUGCAUAUAUAUGAAAAAAGUGAGUGUGUUUAUUCU